AUGCAGUCGUUCAUCGCUGCCAUGCUCAAGAUACGUCAGGCUUUCUAUGCCGCCUUUAUCAAAUCUUGUCUCAAAACGAAGUCUAUCCUAGAGAUCAUUAUUAAAUUCUGGAUCUCGUCAUCUGCCAUACGCAUCAAGGACGAAAAUGUCGACCUCGAAGAGAUAUCCCUUAAGAAGGCCAAGAAGUUUCUAGACGAAGUAGAAGAUGUGUUUAAAGGUUCCACGAAGGAGGCCUUCUUGGUGGCGUUAUCAGAUGGUCUGAGAAAAGAGUUCGCGGAGAGCUUAUUGGAAAAUCCACAGAAUAUGCUACCAUCAUACAAUCACCAACUACCCAGCGGUCGUGAAUGUGGGACAUACUUAGCCCUAGACGUUGGAGGGUCGACUUUUCGUGUGGCCUUAAUCAAACUCGCAGGGAAAGAGUUUGAAGGAAAGGAGAUUGAGAUUAUUCAAUCAGAGUCUUUCAAAAUCGCAAUUGCCGAGAGACAGCUUGUAGGGGUAGAAUUCUUCGAUUGGAUGGCAGACCGAAUCGCAGAAACUCUUGCAGGGCAAAACGAAGGACACGAGUUGUCUAAGGCACCGUUGUCCGUGGGAUUGUCCUGGUCUUUCCCCAUUGAACAAACAUCACUCAGGGGCGGUCUUCUUAUGGGAAUGGGCAAAGGCUUUUGUGCUGCUCAUGGAUUGAUUGGUAAAGAUCUGGGCGACCUCAUUGAAAAUUCUUGUUCAAAAAGAGGUCUCAACGUUCAACUAAACGCAAUUGUGAAUGACUCUUCGGCAACAUUACUCUCCAAAGCAUAUAUAGACCCUACCACUCGUUUCGCACUAAUCUUGGGAACCGGGUUAAAUGCUGCAGCUCAUCUUCCUGUCCAUAUCUUUUCAAAACCAAAAUUUGGAAUCCGACCUCCAUCUUGGCACGAGUGCGCUAAACAUGUUAUUGUCAACACCGAGCUCUCGAUGUUCGGUGGUAAAAUUCUUCCAUACACAAGAUGGGAUGAGAGUCUGAGAGCAACUCACCCAGCACCAGACUUUCAGCCAUUUGAACAUUUCGCGAGUGGCGGAUACAUAGGAGAGAUUGUGCGAUUGAUAUUGAUCGAUGGGAUUCAAAGUGCAGGAUUAUUUGGAGGAAUAGUGCCUUCAAAUCUGAAGGAGAAGUACUCGCUAGAUACUGAAACCCUCUCAUAUAUUGAAGCCGAUAAAACACCCUGCCUUACAACCGCCAUCCAAAUAUUCACCACCCGUCACCCCUCCCCUCAUCUUCCCACCAUAGCCGACCUACGUGCCCUUCGACUCAUAGCUUCUCUCGUGACUCUCCGCUCUAGCGCUCUCAUCGCUGCUGGUGUCCACUCCCUCUGGCACAUGCGCAAUACCUCGGAAUCAAUUCUUCCUGAAGAUUCGGCCCAUACAGUCGUUGCGUACAAUGGAUCUGUAUUAGAAAACUAUCCGAACUUUCGCAAUAAUACUCAGAAAUAUCUCGAUAUGUUGGUCGGAGCAAGUGGUGCGAAAUGCGGCACGGUUCAAGCCACGGAAAUGACUAUCGAUAGUCUUCUUAGAGGUCUCAAUGCUUCACAAAAAGCUGCUGUGUCAUCUCAAGCAGACACACUUGCCAUAUUGGCAGGACCAGGAAGUGGGAAAACACAUACCUUAACAUCACGAACAGCCUGGUUGUUGCAACAAGGACUUCAACCAUGGAAUAUAAUUGUGGCAACUUUCACGGUCAAGGCAGCUCGGGAGAUGAAGGAAAGGAUAGGAAAGCUAAUUGGAAACGGCCUCGAAUCGAAAUUAAUAUUGGGGACUUUUCACAGCAUUGCGCGACGAUACCUGGCACGAUACGGACAUUUGAUAGGGGUCCGAAAGGACUUUGGAAUCGCAGACUCAUCCGAUUCCCUAGCCAUCAUUAAAAGGAUUGUGAAGCGCAAGGAUUUGAAUAUAGAUCCAAAAGUCGCGCGGACUCGCAUAAGCUCUCUGAAAGCAAAGGGUCCUGCAACAGUCAGUAAAGCCUCCGAGACCAAGAAGAAAACAGUAGAUGUGCAAGAAUUUGAGAUUGUUCAUGCCGAAUACCAAGCAACCCUGGAGCGUUCAAACUUGCUCGACUAUGACGAUCUUCUUGUACGAUGUGUCGAACUUUUACGACUCCACCCUUCCUGUGUAUCCAAUAUCGAAGCCGUUUUGAUUGACGAGUUUCAAGAUACAAAUCUUGUGCAAUUUGAUCUCAUGCGAUUACUUGCUGCAUACCAAAAACGAAUAACAAUUGUCGGCGACCCCGAUCAAAGCAUUUAUGGGUUUCGAGCUGCCGAAACCAAAAACUACAAACGAAUGAUUCGACAGUAUCCGGACACUGUCACUAUACCAUUAGAGGAAAAUUACCGUUCGUCGGGUGCCAUACUUCUCACAGCACUGAAUGUGAUUGAGCAAGAUUCAUCUAGAAUUGCCAAGUCUCUUUUGCCUAUUCAUAUUAUUGGCACACGACCAGUGCUCCGCAAGCUUGCAACCGCCCAAAAAGAAGCAGACUGGAUUAUUCGGGAAAUACAAAGGUCGAUGGGUAUGACAGGGGACCUGCUGGACUUGAAUGAUUUUGCUAUUCUGCUGCGAUCUGCAUCACUCUCAAGAGUCAUCGAAAGCUCCCUAGGUAAAGCAGGUAUAGCCUAUCGCAUGUUUGGUGGUCUCCGAUUUUACGACCGUGUGGAGAUAAAAACGUUAUUAGACUACUUGAGAGUGAUCAACCUACCUGAUAACAACGAUGCUUUAGCAAGAAUUAUCAACACGCCUUCAAGACGAAUCGGCGAUGCGACGAUCAAAGCUUUGCUUGAGGAAGCAGAGCAAUCAAAAUUAACACUUUGGGCACUAAUCCUCAAUUCCGCACAAGGAAGGCGUACGACGAAAACCAAGCUUACAACAUCCGUCGAGAAAAGCCUUUCGGUCUUUGUCGAUAUCAUCUUGACGGGUAUGAAGAAGAUUGCUGAUCCCUCGAAUCGUGAAAACUCAAUCGUAAAGAUUACGGAGUUUAUUAUAGAGAAAACAUCUUACGAAAGGUGGUUGGAGUUACACCAUGGUGACCUUCAUAAGGCGCGGUGGGACAACGUGAAAGAGCUCAUCACCCAGGCUUCAGAUUUUCAGGGCCUAAUAUCUAGUGGUUACGAGGAUGAGUCGCUUCCUCAAAUCGACGGUCUGGAGCAAGAGGAUGCUUCGGAUUCCCUUUCUCGGUUUUUAGCCAACGUAGCAUUGGCUUCCGAAGUGAAGAAAGAGAAAGACCAAGGAAGUAGCACACCCCAAAUUACUAUAUCCACCAUCCAUGCUGCUAAAGGCUUAGAAUGGCCCAUAGUUUUCAUUCCUGGUGCAUAUCAAGGCUCCAUACCACAUUCCAGAGCAGAAGAUACUGACGAAGAGCGAAGAUUGUUGUACGUAGCUAUGACUCGGGCAAAGGCUCUGCUCUACAUGAGUUGUCCUCUAAAAAGUUCCCUAGGAGAAUUGACCACCACCUGUCCCUUUCUUUCUGCUCGUGGUCUCAGAGCACACUUAGACCAGAAAGGCCCUUCGCUGCGUUCAAAUACCGUUCAAUGCCUGGCUCAAAUCCUCCGGCGAUCGUUCCCGUCUAAGGGGUCAAUUACAGAGUCUUCCGCUUACCUGGAACUGACUGAGGAUACGUACUACCCACUGGACGCGGAGGACGACAAAGAGGACGAGUCGAAAUGGAACCAUGGCAAUGAUAAGCCUACUUUCACCAUGGGUCAACGACCGCCUAAACGUCGACGAGCUGAUACAAUGGAAAAGACGGAACUUGCUUCGAGCGUGACUUAUAAAAAUACGUCCGCGACAACCAUGGAAGGAGCUUCUAACUCGAUCCCAAGUAAUGGCUUUGUCAGUGCUAGUUCUCAUCUUCAGGUCUUUAGCGAGCAAUCAUCGAACCAAAUCAUUGGUGAAAUCAAGUCGACUUCAACAAUAGCCAAAACCAAAAGCUCUAAAAAUGCUCUCAAAGGUCCACCUAACGGCCAGGGCACACUGUUAGGUUUUCUUGGGAAACAAGAUCCACAGAAGGAGAUUAUGCAAGCACCCAUAGUCGAUGAAUUCCGACAAGGAAACAUUCGGGCUAUUGCGCAAUUACACAGACAUCGAAAUGCCGUUCCUGAAGGGCUGAUGCAUCUGCCAUCUCAGAAUCAAAGCGAAACUCUUCCACCUCUGCUGACCGGACAUCGUGUAGGGGGAAGUGGAACUCUUUCUCGGCCAAGUAACAAUCGAGUUCAAGGGCGGCAGCAAGAUAGCUACGUUUUCUUGUCUAGCUCUCCACCGAGACUAAAACAUCCAAGCCCUGUUAUUGAAUCCGAGCCAAAUGUUCCCCUCCCUGGCCUGACAGCAAAACCGGCAAUCAUGUCAUUGGUUCGUCCCGCGAAAACGUUGCAUACUACGAGUAUGGCAAUGGUACAAGGAUCGGGUGGUGUAAAAAAGACUCUUGGGGUCAAAAGGAGUAUGAAUGGCUGGGGUAAUCGUACAACGCAGCCUUUUGUUCCCCCGACCAGGAAAAGGGAGAACUAG